AAGGGAGAAGAGAAUAAUCUGAGUAAAAAAAAUGACGCAGUUUCUUCAACCCUCCAUUUCUCUGCAUUCAUUGCGCAAAGGGUUGCAAUUUUCAUCUUCUUCCUCUUUCCUUCACACUGGUUCCUUCAGAUUAAGAUCCUUCUCUUGCCGAAUGUCGGCCGAUUCUGCAAAUCGAAGCCAAUCCAUCACCUUGCCCUGCCAACACGAGCAACCUGUGCAGAUUCUCGCUGCACCCGGUCUCUCCGAUUCCGAUUUACGGAAUGCUGUGGAUUCAUCGUUGUUCAAACAAUGGCUGAUGAACUUGCAAGGUGAGAGUGGGAUUUUAGCCCAGGGAGCCAUGUCUCUGAAGCGCGUGCUUAUUCAGGGAGUUGAUAUGUUCGGAAGCAGAAUUGGGUUUCUCAAAUUUCAAGCCGAUAUCUACGAUAAGCAAACCGGGAAGAAGGUUCCAGGUAUUGUUUUUGCGAGAGGACCUGCUGUUGCUGUGCUUAUCCUUUUGAGUUGCGAAGGAGAAACUUAUGCUGUCCUCACUGAGCAGGUUAGAGUUCCGGUUGGGAAGCUCAUGUUGGAAUUGCCUGCUGGUAUGUUGGAUGAUGAUAAGGGGGAUUUUGUUGGCACUGCGGUUCGUGAGGUUGAAGAAGAAAUUGGCAUUCGAUUAAAGCUUGAGGACAUGGUCGAUCUUACUGGCUUCUUGGACCCAUCGACGGGAUGCAGAGUCUUUCCUUCUCCUGGUGGAUGUGAUGAGGGAAUUGGUCUGUUCUUGUACCGAGGAUCUGCAAGUAAAGAGACAAUUGCAGAGCUGCAAGGAAAGGAAACCGGACUCAGGGAUCAUGGUGAGCUGAUUAAGGUUCAUGUUGUUCCCUAUGAAAAACUGUGGCGAGUUACAGCAGAUGCGAAGGCUCUAAUGGCCAUUGGACUCUAUGAAAUGGCUAAGAAGGAAGGGCUUUUGCCUUCUUUGAAACAAUGCUAGCGUCUUCUCUUCACCAUUGAACCUUAGACACGUGUUUUCCUUCUUCAAUUCAACUUUUUCUGCGUAAUGUAAAAGAUUAACUAGUUCCUUAUGGAAUAAAAUUAUGCUCGUUGAAGUUGGAUUCAUUAUUAGA